GGCGGACGUAAAGGAAGAUGACGUCAGCACCGCCCCCGUUGCCCCGGCGACCCCGCGGCCUAAUCCACAGGCUUCACACAUCCCCGCCCCCCAACAAGCCGCCCGGCUCUGCGGGGCUGGUUCGGGAUGAGCCAUGGAGCAGUACAACAUCCUGGGCCGGGUCGGGGAGGGGGCACACGGCAUCGUGUUCAAGGCCAAGCAUAUCGAGACAGGAGAGACAGUCGCUCUCAAGAAAGUUGCCCUGCGGAAACUGGAGGAUGGAAUUCCGAACCAGGCCCUGCGGGAGAUUAAAGCUCUUCAGGAAAUUGAAGACAAUCAAUAUGUGGUCAAACUAAAGGACGUCUUCCCCCAUGGAACAGGGUUUGUCCUGGUCUUUGAGUACAUGCUGAGUGACCUAUCUGAGGUGAUCCGCAACUCUGACUGGCCCCUGACCGAGUCACAAGUCAAAGGUUACAUGAUGAUGCUGCUGAAAGGGUUGGCGUUCUGCCACCAGAACUCCAUCAUGCACAGGGACCUGAAGCCGGCAAACCUGCUCAUCAGUUCGACAGGACACCUCAAAAUUGCUGAUUUUGGACUUGCCCGGGUUUUUUCCAACGAAGGUGAUCGACUUUACAGCCAUCAGGUGGCUACCCGGUGGUAUCGAGCCCCAGAACUGCUCUAUGGAGCUCGUAAGUACGAUGAAGGUGUAGAUAUUUGGUAAGAUAUGUAGUUCUCUGUUCCAG